AUGACGUACACAGGUCUUUAUCGAGCGUGGGACUUAAAGCACAGAUUUACACGGAAGUAUAUACAUGUCAGCACAGCAGCCACAUCUCCUACAGAAGGGAAAAACAUGGCGAUUGUUUUGCUACCAUAUAACGCAAAGAACGCCCAAUUCAAGGUGAUGCCGAGAUACAAGGUCAAGGCCGAAGGAGAUGUGGUACAAGAAGGGGAUCAAAUAGUUUUUGAAAGUGUUAAAUCUGCGGGGCAUUACGUACACGUAUCAAAGGCAACGUUUGGUAAUCAGUCUGUUUAUCAAAGAAGCCAUGAAUUGAACUUAUCAGUCCAACAGUCAGGAUUUACAAUCUUCAGAAAAUAUAAACCGACACCUGAUGACAAUAAGAAAGUCAAGAUCGGAAAUAUAGUGAGAUUUUACCACAAAGAAAUGGAAGCUUAUUUGGUCGCAGAAGGACUUUUCGAUUUUGAAGUAACAGAAGAUGUACAUCUAAGAUGCAGACCUGUUGUUCCAACAAAUCCAAAGAGUAUGAUUCCGAGCACAUCCGCAGUGACCUAUUGGCAGAUAGAACUACAAGAGGGAUGUGUCGCUGGUGGAGUAUUUCAGUUUGGACAGCAGUGUAAGUUACUUCAUAUGUGUACCCGGAGAUAUCUAUCUGUAGAAAGUUACGAAAGUGCCAGAGGUGACAACAAUAAAGACAAGUUUAAAGUGAACCUGACCUCCGAUCACCUUGACCCGAAAACUGUCUUUAGACUGCACCCAGUGGACAGAGACAGUGAUGAUAUAAUUGAUGGAAGUUACUGCAGAAUAGAGAAUGUUGUAUCAGGACAGUGGCUGCAUGCUUCCACAGAUGAAUACAUAAGAAAUCAAGUGAAAGCACUGAACGAGGAGAGUACAUCUAUGGGUUCUUUAAAAUGGAGUACCGCUGCAAUGAAGAAGAUAACAGUGGCAGAGGAGCAGCAAUAUGACGACGCGUUUACAAUACAGACUGUGUCUCCGCCUCUGGAGAACAUUUUCAGCUUUAUGGCGGGAAUGGUUCCGUUUCUGCAGAAACUUGUACAUGAUAAAAACGCUGGGGUCAUACUGAAUAAGAAGACGUCUCACGACGCCGUCACGGGAUUGGAAGAAAUUUGCAAGUUCUUGGUUGUCGAAGGAGAACCGAUUAAAGAUCGACAAAAGUUAAUGAGGAAUUUGAGAAUUGUAGAGCUGCUUGUUAACUUGUUGAAAUGUAACUUUGAUGCACCAGAACGCGUGUACAAGGUGAACAUUUUUCGUGUUGUCUACAACGUUCUGCGCGUGUAUUUGCUAGGACGAUCAAGAAAAAACAAACUGUAUAUCGCUAGAUACAUAGAUUUCUUCCGGACACAGUUUGGUAGUAACGAGGCUGGACUAAAUGCUGUUCAUAUGGUCAUGGAGUCCAUCAGAGACAACCGAAAGAUUGUGGACCUGAUAACAGAGGAACACAUUGAUGCUUUUGUUGAACUGCUGCUGGUCGAGAAAAAUUAUCGAUAUCUUGACCUUUUAAGCGUGUUGUGUGUUUGUGCUGGUGUGUCGAUCUCCAACAAUCAGAACUAUAUCACUAAAGCCUGGUUGAUUACAUUUAAACUGCUUUGCGUGUUUCAAACAAAAAUGGCAAGCAAAGGUUCGAGUGGAGAAACAGUAUGUGUAACCACUGAUAACGGCGAAACAUGGAUUGACCUAGUCACAUUUUCAAAAAGAAAUAAAGAUUCCGACGAGUAUCUGUUUUUUGAAGGUCAACUGAAAUUGUUCGGAUACCUUGCAAGAGGGCAGAAUGAAAACUCAAUUUCUGUUAUCACGAAUGAAUACCUUACAUGGGACGAGUUGUUCAUGUGCCUCUGUAACGAAAAUCUUCCUGAACAGCUUCGUGCACUUUGCUGUGACCAAAUCAUAACACUGUUUGUAGACAGAGGAGGGAACCGCUCGGUCUUGGACAGAGUCAAACUAUGCUAUGUCUUUGAUGACGUAGCCAGUGACGAUGAACCUGAAAUCCUCGCUAGCAAUAGUCAGUCUGAAACAUACAAAUAUUUCCCCCACCUCAGUCAUUGGAUAGCAGACUUCCUCAGCAGGAACACAGAAAUGACGGCAUCAAAUAUCGGGAACAACAUUCUCAUAAAGCAGGUAUUGAGACUUGUGUAUUACCUCGUGUCCUUUGGAUUCUACGGAAAAUAUGAGGACAUUAAGAGACUGCUGGAUCCACUUAUGUCACUUCUUGAUGGGCGACAUGACAAACCGUAUCCAAAUAUUGAAGGAAAGGAGGCAAGGGAAGUUUUGUUUUCGUUUCGUCAAAAAGAUAGAUUUAAACCUAGUCCCGAAACAAAGGCGAUAAUUGAGGCUAAAAUUCAGGCUCUGGAGGUUCUUGAUUUAUUCUUCAACUUAAGGUUCAAUAACAGACUGGAGAAAUUUAUCUUUAUGUUCAAAAUUGUUCACGAACAAAUGAAUAGACCAAGAGCGGUGUCGGAGUUUGCCCCUUUGAUGAAUGAGGGGUUUGAAUUAGAGAAAUAUACAAGACUUGCUAAGAGAGCAAAAAAGAAAAUGGCUGAUAUAUUUGAUGCAACAGCUUUCAUGAAGCAGUACAACAUUGUAGAAAUUCUGAUUGACCUGUCACAGUAUGAGUAUAGUGACAUUGUGAGGAAGUCAAUGCAUUUACUCAACAGAUGGUUCUCGGCGUAUCAAAAUCUUUUCAAAAGGGCUGUUCUCACUCAGGUUUUGAUCACGGAUGAAUCUGUUAAAGUUUAUAGACGUGUUGAAGAAUUAUUGCCAGAGUUACGUAGACUUGCAGCAAACAGGAUGGGUGACGAGGAAGCAGUGCAAGUGGUGACAAUCCUCCAAGAAAUUAUAAGUUUUUGUCAUUUACCGGACGCAGAGGAAGAACCCCACCCUGUAAACCAGACAAUUCUUUUCAAUAGUGGAAUCCUAGAAAUAAUGUUCAAUUUUCUGUCAAAAGAGAUAGACGUGAAGAUAUUGGAUCACUAUGCAGGGCUGCUUAAAGUGUUUGAGUGUAGCUUUGUUAUGCUUAAACUUCUGGCCAGUAGCAACCAUGUUAUUCAACAAAGGCUCUAUGAUCGCCUUGAACUAGUUCUGUCAAAGAAAGGGGGAUUUGUACAAAUGGCUGAGCUUGUUGCAGAGAUAUUUAUUGGGAAUACACAUACAAGUAUGAAGAUAACAGAACAUCAGAUGCAUCAGAUAAUGGCAUUGGUGGUAAGGCAUCGAAUAGAAGUGCCACAGUUCAUUGGUGUUCUAAAGUCUGUGAUGAAAAUAGAAGAGUCGGACAUGUCACUGAAACGUAACCAGAUCAUGGUAAUGACGACUUUCAUGCAGUACAAUACCGAACUAGCUAUCAAAGAAGAUGAAAAUGAAAGAAUGAAGUUACUUUUGUCCGAUAACACAAAAGAACUUGACUUUUUCAUUUCCGUUGUGGAUUUACUUGCUACUUGUGCAGAGGGAGAGAACAGAUUCAUCGAGUCCAUUUGCCAGACUAUAUUCAAGAUUCCGGAAAUCUUUAAAGUGCUUAAUCAUCCAACGAUCAGUGAUAAUCUAAAGAGACCUUAUCUUACAUUCCUGAUUGGUUCCUACAUGCAUACUGCCAGUGGAAUGAUUGAAAGUGGGACCGGCGAUAUUCCCCAUGACCCAAUAACGUGGGAAUAUUUAACUAAUGUUAGUGCGGCAUUAGCUAAGGUGACAGGGUACACAAAGAAAAGUCGGCAGCAAGUCAAAUCACUUUUGAAGAAACGACCAGCAAAUGGCGCAUGUAAUGGAAAUGAAGUUGAGGAUAUGAGUGGCAGCUUACAUUAUUUGUUCGAUGGUGUUAUGCCCUUUCUUCAAGUUUUCUGUACAAGUUACUAUGAAGUUGAUAAGGAACACUACCCGAAUGAACCAACACAGUUGAAGAUUCUCGCUGAAAAUUUCAAAACAUUCUUUGAGGAGAUUGAGCCACUAGUUACCAAUGAGAAACAGCUACAGAAGAUGAUUACAUGCAUGGGUCUUCUGUUCUCCACCAAUGUUCUAUCCACUGAAGACAUGGACUUAUUUCAAGAAAAGUAUGGGCACGGUAUGGCUUCGCAUGACGUCCGGAGUGACGCUAAAAAGAAAUAUGACGAAUGCUAUAGUGGAGAAGAAGACAUCAGCGAACAGCUAAGUGUGUUUGCAGUAAACAUGAGUGCCGCUUACGGUGGUGUAAAUGAUGUUCAAACACAGAUUGGAUUCCCAAGCAAGCGAGCGUACUCAGAAAUAGGAGGGGAUGAAAUGUUACCUCUAAGUGAAGAGUUUCAAAAUCAUAUCAAUGUCUUUAUUGAUCACAACGCAAAAUCACCGUUGCAAAAGUAUAAGCUUAGUGAGAAACUGGUUCAACAAAUGUCAAUGCCAUGUCAGUUGUCAAAAAUGAACGAAAAAGAACGUUUGGAACAGCUUGAACUUGACCUGAAGUGCAUGCAACUACUUAGGGGUAUGGUUCACAACGAAAUUGUCAAGUUGCCUGAAAAUUUUGAACACGAACCACAAUCUUCAAAGAAACAACUUAAAGUGAUAGAAGAUGUUCAGAAUGCCCUGAAUCACUAUGGCAGUAUUGCAGGAACUUUGGAACAUUUGGCACGUGCAAACGAUGAUAUAGUGAGAGAACUGUUAGCAUUUUUGGUGGCGUUAUUAUUCAAUAGUAAUGCAGCUGUACAGUCAACUCUUCAUGAAUAUUUUUUGUCUGCAAAGGACGAAACUUUCGUGUUAGCAAUUAAAAACAGGAUUAACCUUUCGAUAAUUGCAACACGCGAAAAACGAGUGCUCCAAGCAUUGCGCCAAUCAAAGAUAGAAGAAACAGUUGCUCAGGCAAGAGCUUUGAAGAAGGCCAUGAAAAACGGGUCAUUGGCAAAUUUGGCGGUGUCAUCUCUCUCAAGAAACCUUAAAGCUUCAAUGGCGUCGAUGAAACAGUCAUUUUCUUCUUUACCAAGAGCCCAAGGGAGUAGUGUUCAUUUAAAGACUGGCCAUGAAGUAAAAAUUAACGGUCAUCGGUCUGAAGUACAAAUGAACGGUUCUCGGCAUACUAUGGGCGUUCCAGACCAUACACGUGUACCUAAUGGUCUAUCUGACACAAAAAUGUCCAACACUCAACCACCAGCGAAGUGGGUGUCACCAAGCAAAGUAGCUCCUGUGGCGAACGGCCUACAUGCUGAAAUAACCGUUCAAGGCAUCACAGUAGACGUUGCAGUGUCUAAACUUAAUAACCAAGAUGUUAACAAAGAAAACGGCCAGGAGAUAGAAGAUGAGUUUGAAGAAAUGCUUAACGGAGAAAUGCCAACGUUUGAGUUAAAAGAUGAUGGUUGCAUAGAACUUGUGUUGAGACUUUUAGGGAGAAUGUGUGAUAGCCAACAUCAGGGACUACAGAACUACAUACGAGAACAGUCAACUAAUAUCAAGUCAAUCAAUUUGGCGGCAGAGACAAUCAAUUUCCUGAACAUCAUGUACACAAACAUCAAUGCUGGAUCUAUUGUUCUGAUUACCGAGAUAUUUGAAACUCUUGUUGAAUUCACAUCCGGAAAUUACACCAACCAGGCAUUUGUCUUUGACUACAAAAUCUGUGACUACAUCAACCACAUUCUACGAGCAGAUGUUUUCAAAGACUGUACAGAUUGGCAGGUGUACUCGUUAAAACAUGCUAUAGGCAACCUUGUUCGGUGUUUGACAGAACAAAACUUUAGCGAAGACGAUGAUGUAAAAGCUAAAUUGGCAAAGGAGGUGAUGGAGUUUUUAGACACGGCUGUUCUGGUAAAUGUUAUGACAGACGCAAGGAAAUUGCAUAUGUACAAGAUGGAGGAGGACUUCACUACCUUAUUACAAAAAGUUGGUUAUCAGUAUUACCAUUUGCUGACCAGGAAACUUGACCUGUAUCCUGACAUGGAAAGAGACAACAUGGUAAAAACUGCAGAAGAAAGAGCAGCGUUGGAUUUUUAUGCUGAAAAUACAAUGUCUAUUGAGAUAGUGAAAAAUGGUGUAUUACAAAAGAUGUACUUCCAGGUCCGAGACAAGGGGGUGCUGAGGGAAGAAAUUAAAGAAAAAUUCAAAUAUGAGGUGGAUAGAUCAUCUCCUAGCAACAGAAUCCGCGACUUCAUGGAAUGGGUGAGAGAUAUAAUCAAAGACAUAAAGUACCAAAGAAAAGUUCGGUCAAAUCCUAUCGGAAAGUUCCUUGUAAAUGCUUGGUCACCUUUAAAUUAUGCAGUCAUGUUGGUGACCUUUGCAAUCUGCGCAUUGAUUAUGGUCACGUGGGAAGCUGGCAGCAGUGAUUCUCCCAAAUACAAUCCAUCUUUCACCCAUGCCGUCGCUGAAAUUCUACUGUAUGUUCUCGGUGGUAUACACAAUUUGUUGUCACUAGCGAUUUUCCUCAGCUUUGUCAUAUCCAACAGACCAAAACUUCCGCCGUUGAUUGACUAUAUUAAUUCUUGGAGAGGAAAAACGGAAAAAGAAGAAAACUUUAAAUACUGGUUGCAAACAACUAAAGACUCUCAUUUAGAAGUGAAGGCGUUCGGAAAACAUCCUAUCUAUUAUUUUCUUUUCCUAGGGUUUUCUAUAGCGGGCACGUGCACCGAAGGUUAUUUCUUUGCCUUCCAUAUGUUGCAUAUAGCGGAAAUGAACCUGUUACUAAAGGGGGUGACUCGUGCUAUAACAACCAACGUUUGUGGUUGGGCUAAUCAGGGAAGACAUUGUCGAACAGUUUAUGAAUGUUUUGUUUCGAUCCUUCACCAUGGGCUAGCUGGCGAACCCUACAGUACUUUCCAUGGUUUGAUGGGCGACAAUUUCGGACAAGCUAUUGGCAUCACAGUGUUUGAUGUUUCCUUCUUCGUGAUCAUUACUGUCAUCGGUCUCAAUAUUGUUCUUGGUAUCAUCGUCGAUACUUUCUCACAACUGAGGGAUGCAAAGUUUGCAAUUGAGACGGACAUGCAUAGUACGUGUUUCAUAUGCAUUCGAGAGAGUUACGAGUUCGAGACAAAAGGAGGGAGCGAAGGCUUUAGCAGGCACGUGAAACUUGAGCACAAUUUGUGGGCCUAUUUGUUUUUCUUCAUACACCUUGACGAGACACGGCCUAAUAAUUACUCAGCUCUGGAAUUCUAUGUUUAUAGACUUGUAAGUUAUACAUAUUACGUUUCUCUUGAACGAAUAUGGAUUAUAUUUGAAACAUCACCUAUUUUAAACACCCUCGCACUGUUAUAGCACAAUUUUAUAUGA